AACACUGUAGUAGAGCAGCGAAGGCGGUCAACAGAGACGGAGCGCAUUAACCAGGAGUAAAUAACUUCUAAAGGACUUUUUCUUUGACUUUUCUGGGAUUUUAAAAGCAUAACGCUUUAAUCGGUUAAAGACGGAAAAUCAUCAUUAAAAAUCUGAAGAGCUAUUCCGCCUACAGGAGAAUGGACUUCUAUUAACUUCAACUAGACGGAACACUUUACAAAAUGCUGGAUAAGAGAGCCAUGGAGUUCGACUUGGAGGAAGAAGUCCGAGGAAAGAACGUGAAGGAGCCCUUCCUCAGUCAGUAUCGCUGCGGUCCUCUGCUCGGCAGCGGAGGUUUCGGCUCCGUGUUUUCAGGCCAGAGGCUCUCCGAUGGACUACAGGUUGCCAUUAAGCAAAUUGCCGUUGACAGAGUUCAAAAGUGGACCAGACUGCCAGAUGAGGUCAAUCCCGUUCCGAUGGAGAUUGCUCUGCUGCAGCAGCUGUCAGAGGAUGGGGGCCACCCUGGGGUCAUCCGCAUGCUAGACUGGUUCGAGGUGGAGGGGCGGGGCUUCCUGCUGGUGAUGGAGAGGCCGCCGCACUGCCAGGAUUUGUUUGACUUCAUCACGGAGAGAGGAGCGCUGUCUGAAAGCCUCGCACUCAGGAUUUUCCAUCAGGUGGUCGAAGCGCUUCGAUUCAUUCACUCCCGCGGCGUCGUGCACCUGGACAUCAAAGACGAGAACAUAGUGGUAGACACGAGAACGAUGGAUAUCAAGAUCAUAGACUUCGGGUCGGGCGCGGUGCUUAAGGACACGCCGUACAGAGAGUUUCAAGGAACUCGGGUCUACAGCCCCCCUGAGUGGAUCGCAUCGCAGUGCUAUGAGGCCGUCCCCCUCACCAUCUGGUCUCUGGGGGUUCUGCUCUUUGACAUGGUCUGCGGCGACAUUCCCUUUGAGCACGACAUGGAGAUUUACAGAGCCUGCCCCAGUUUCACCAGGCGGGUGUCAACAGGAUGCCAGUCUCUGAUUCGCUGGUGUCUCUCCUUCCAGCCGGAGGAUCGUCCCACUCUGGAGGAGAUUCUGUCGCACCCCUGGAUGAAGGCAGGAAAUGACAAAGAGGAAGAGGAGGAGGAGAGGGGAGGCCUGCAUGAGGAGCACGGCUCCCUGCCCUGUCAAUCCCUUUGAAGUGUCAGGACUCUGGACUGUUAAGGACUUUAGGAUCGCCGAUUGGGCGCGUUCCUGAUCAGUUUCUUGUUUGUCACAUUAAACCUGGCGGCACCUUCGUCUGGAAGUUAUUUAUCUCAGCUGGUUUGCCUAUUUAUUGAUUAUUUAUUUUGGCUCGGGGUUUGUUCCAGCUGUUCCGGGACUGAAAUUUAAAAGUUCGGACGGACAACAGGCUCCCCCUACAGGACGGAGGUCACAUAAGUAAUCACAACGGAGCUGCUGCUGUGAUGGAAGUCGCUGAUCUGCAGCUCUUCUGAUAAUCUUUCGGGUCGUUUGAAUCGACUCCGAGGACGACAAACACUGACUUUAUUUAUUUUAUUAUUUUUAUUUUAUUUUAUUUUUAUGUGCCACAGAAGAAAUUCGACACAAACACCUGCUGUUACUUUACACCGUGAAGCUGAGUUUUUUGAGGUGAUACUGCUUCACUUUAAUCUUAACACUGUUUUCAAAAGCUGAAACCUGCAAGCUGUGACUUUUUUCAAUCACGCUUCAGGUCACUGAGUCACUCUGAGUUUCAACUUCGAUUUAUCAGUAAAAUGAAAAUUCUGUGUUUUUAAUAUGGAAAAAAGACUUUUUCAUUUUCUGAUGUGAAGGUGGUUUCAUUGUGAAGGUGGGGAUUUUUUUUUUUCCCCACGUCCUGUUUUUGUUGCGGAUGUGCUGCCUCUGUACAUACUUAUGUAUUCAGUUUUUCUAUGGUGAAAAGAAAAAAAAAAAGUGACUCAUCGGGGUCACUUGGUUCAGUUUAUUUACAUUAAAUAGAAAGUUUGGAUCAAAAGCAAAACAAAACCGAUCCAACGUUUGAAUAAAAGAUUCAUUCAUUUCA